CGGAAAUAGACCGGAAGGGGCUGGAUUAUUUCGCGCCAAAUUGAAACAACGGAUCAGUAGUCAGCCAGCAGCAGCAAGAGGAGCACAAACCAACAGACGCUGCUUUUAACGUUUCACUGCUUAUUUCUCAGUCAAGUCAGUGAACAUGGAGGAGGCCAACAAGCUGAUCGGCUCCGGGAAGAAGCACCUGGUGAUGGGGAAGGUGGUGGAGGCGGUGAGCUCCCUGCAGGAGGCCUGCGGCAUGCUAGCUAAAAAGUAUGGAGACACAGCAGAUGAGUGUGGAGAGGCUUUCUUCUGGUGUGGUAAAGCGCUGCUGGAUUUGGCACGGAUGGAGAACUCCGUCCUGGGUAACGCUCUGGAAGGAGUACCAGAAGAAGAGGAGGAUGAAGAAAAACCCAAGGACUCCAAUGUUGACAGCACAGAAAACAUUGAUGAGAAGACCAGAGAUGAGCUGAGGGUUCAGGUGUACGACGCCAUGGCGGAGAAGAAAGAUGAAGGGAAGAAUGGCGAAGACAAGGAGAAGAAGGGCGAAGACAAAGAGAAGAAUGGCGAAGACAAGGAGAAGAAGGGCGAAGACAAAGAGAAGAAGGGCGAAGACAAAGAGAAGAAGGGCGACAUGGAAAAGGCCGAGGCUGGCGAUAAGCAACAGGAUGCCGCAAAGAAAGAUGAGGAAAAGAAGAACGAGGUUAACGGAAGCAAGUCCGAUAAAAGUGAAGACAAAACGGAAAACGAGGAAGCCAAGAAAGAAUCAGGAGAUAAGGAAGAGGAAACAGAAGAUGGUGAGGAAGAGAUGGAGGAGGAAGAGGAUGACGACGCAGAAGAGCAAGGCGAAGGAGAUGGUGCUGCUGAGAAGGACAGUGACGAGGAGGAGGACGAGGUGGGGAACCUGCAGCUCGCCUGGGAGAUGUUGGAAGUAGCUAAAGUCAUCUACAAAAGGAAAGAGGCUAAAGAGGAUCAACUGAUGGCAGCACAGACUCACCUGAAACUGGGGGAAGUUUCUUCUGAAUCAGGAAACUACACCCAGGCGUUGGAUGAUUUCCAGGAGUGUCUGAAGCUGCAGGAGAAGCACCUGGACUCAGACAGCCGCCUGCUCGCUGAGACUCACUACCAGCUGGGUCUCACCUACAGCUUAAACGUCCAGUUCAGCCAGGCCAUCGAGGAGCUGAAGAGCUCCAUCUCCGUCAUAAAGAGCAGGCUGGAUAAACUGCAGGAGCUGAUCGACAAGGCCGAGGGCCCGGAGGCGCUGCCGGAGGAGAGGAAGGAGAUGGAGGAGCUGAAGGCUCUGCUGCCAGAGAUCCAGGAGAAGGUGGAGGACGCCGAGGAGGGGCUGAAAAUGACCAGCACUGCUGCGGAGGCUGUGAAGGGUUCACUGGAUGGAGGCUCCACUUCCUCUGCGUUCCCCGGCUCCUCUGUGAAGAAUGGAGACGCCUCAUCCAGCUCCAAGAUUAACAGCACCUCGACCAACAUAGUCAGCUCCACCAACGGAAGCGCCGCCACAGCUCCGGUCUCUAACAUCUCCCACCUGGUCAGGAAGAAGAGGAAACCAGAGGAGAGUCCAGUGAAGGAGGGCGCGGUGAAGAAGGUGAAGCAGAGUAACGGUGUUCACAAAGCCAACGGAGACACUAACGGACACUCUUAAAACUGUACGGAAGUCAAGAGUCAGUGAAGCCGGACCCUCCAGGUUUCUGCCUUAACCCAAGAAGACCUUCACCACCGUGACGAGCUCUUACUGUCGCUACACUUGUUUGCUGCUGUAAAUAUGUGAAUCUUUUUCUAUGCCUGUUGUGUUGUCAGUGUUUAUUCACAUAUGCAACCUGUAGUAAAGAAUAUUAUUUGAUAAACGUUUGAUCAAGCUGUGAA